GUUUAUAAUGUAAAGGAAAUAUCACCUAAAAUAUGAGCAAUUUCACGCAUCCACGUCCUUAAAUUUAUUGGCAAAAUAUUGCUAUUACAUUUCUGUCAAUCGAGAGGGGUGAUCGUAGGACAGUGGACUUAUACUUGUGAUCGAUGUUCCUUCCGCCUUGUUGAUACAGCUCAUGUCGUCGUCGGGUUGCAAAUUGUCUGGAUUGGUGCGGUUUGUGUCGCGAUGGGCUUGACUCAAUCGCUGUUCUGAGAUGGAAGAUGAACAUGACCAGAUCAAAGUUACUGAGAGGCCCUCUAUUAAAAGGGUAACAAGUGAGACUUACAACAAUAAUAACACUUCUGGUUACGUCAGUGACUCCAGCGACAAUAAUGAUGUCAUCGUCGAUACAGAAGUUUCUGAAUCUGUGGCUUCACAGAGAAGUGUUUCAACCAAUUUGUCGAGCCAGUUCUCUGGUUUGACAGCAGGAGGGUCAAAAAGCGGUAAAUGUGAUGAUAGCGUCGAUGCAGAUAUUUCAAAAGCCGCAGUCCCAGAGAGAAGUAUUUUGGAUGAUUUAUGGAACCAGCUCUUUAGUUUACCAGCAGGAGAGUCACAAGCGCCACAUCAUGAAACCAUCUCAUUGCUGGAGCAGCCUCCUGAUAAAAAAACAUCCAGUGACUCAAAAGGCUUACCUAAACUUCCUUCUCCGCCGAAACACUCUCCUAUAUAUGACGAAGAGUACAAGUCAGCUUCGGCUAUCGAAAUAGAUGCCAUUGAUUCAAUGUCGCCGCCGUCGCGCCUUUGUUCCAACAGUUAUUUGAGUAGUCGAGCGUCAUUCAGUCUUCCUUCCAUGCUUCAAGACGAUGACGAAGUGAAAAUUCUCUGGCCGCUUAAGGUAUAAUUUGGGUUCUGAGAAUUUGUUGUUAAACACUAAGGGCUAAGCCUGUUGUUCGCAUUUUGAAUAAGUUUCUGGGCUAGGUCUAGUUAAGCCCCUUUCAGCGAAGUGAUCUUAAAGGUUGAUAAUUAUAAGAUUCCUCCUGAAUUGAUCACAUGAAGGGAGCGAAUCACAAGUACUCCAGGGACCCCCCUUCCCUAUUAUUUUCCCCUGGUAAAAUAAUGAAGCUCAGCUAUUUACAGUGAUGUUAUGUUUCCGUGCAUGUGCAUUCAGUAUAUCAUGAUCAAAGCAUAUUUUUAAGAGAGAAACUUUCAAUAUAACUCCGGCCAUCAUUUGCUUUGGUUUAUAGGAGGAAUUCUCCCUCAGUGAUCAAUGUAAAUUUGAGGAGGGUGAUGAUUAUCAGCUUGCUACCGUAGACGUAAAAGCAGGAGCAUACGGAAAAUGCUUCCUUGCCACUGUUCGAGGAGUUGAUAACGAGGAAGAAAGGGUUGUUUGUGUCAAAAAGGUAAUGCCAAAGUCUAUAGAAACAUCAGCUCUGUGAAAUGAAACUCAGUUAAAUGUAAGGGUCAUCAUUAGCUAGUUGGGAAAGAAAAUGAUCAUGGGCAUCAAUUUAUUCUUAGGAGAGAGAGCUAAGCCCUAAUUUCUUUCGGUGCCCUAACUUAAUAUUGUCCAUUCAUCAGUGUAAGUCCCUGAAAUCAGCUCGUUUAAGGGUAAAGUAAAUCUCAAUGUACUGUUUAUUUUUUAUGUUGUUUAUCCCACUGAUGUUUUGUUUUGUUCAUUUAUUGCAAGUGUAAAUACGAGGUGAAUGAACUUCUGGCCCUCAGUCUUGCAAGGAAGAAUGAGAUUGCAGAAAUUGUUGAGUUUUACGGUGCUACAGUCAAAGGAAAAAAUGUCUGCAUUUUUAUGGAGUAUAUGGCAGGUAAAAAAAACAUGGCUAACUCAGUCAAGCUUUCUCUCGUGUUCCGUAAUAAUUAACACAUUAUUUAACAGUAGAAACUCGAGAGAGUCUGAGUGACUCAACUACUGCCAGACCAGAUCUUUUUCCGAGAAUAGCAUGGCCAAUAGAAACCUCAAUCUAAGGCUCUCAGUGAAUAAAAGCUGCCACAGUUCUAGUUUGCUACUACUGAUACAGGAGUUGCCUGCACGAAACUGGCGAAUACGAUUGCAAGAAACGAGCUGUCAAUUCUAAAUACAUGUAAAAUCUUUGUCAUCUUCGUCUGAUUUGGUCCUGACUACGGACUGUAUUACAAUUAAAUCCAUGUGAGAUUAUUGAUCGACUGAUUUAAAAAUUCUGUUUAAUGAAACAUAUUUAUGGACGCAGCAGUGGGACUGCACUCUUAGUCCUUAAAUUUUUGGAAGAACGUCAUCAUGGUGUUGUUUAAAAAUUUCAGGAUAGAUCUCCUAGCCCUUUUCUAAAAUUCUACUUCCGUUUCUUAAUAGGCGGAACCAUUGCUGAGCUGAUAUGA